ACUCUGCUUUUUUCAUCAUGUAAUUUUAAAGAACAGGAAUAGGUUUUUUUAAUUUUUUAUUCAAACUGGUGAACAGCAGAGUUUGAUCCCUUUGAUAAUGAGCUCAGACAGAUGCUGUGGGCGUUCAUGUACUUGAAAAGGUUAAAAGAAGCAGAAGCAGAGCUUCAGCUCAGUCAGGAGGGACUCUGAAUCAGGUGAAUGUUUCUAUUCACACACAAUGACAUAAACUAAGUGUAAUUUUACUGUUUCUGGAUGAAAUUGACUUUAUUGAAGGUAAUAAUAAAUUUGGGAAAGAAAUCAUUUAUUUAUAGAUUUCAGAUUUAUAGAUUUUAGAUUUAGAAAUCAUUGUCUUGAUGAUCAGUUUAGUGUCAUUACAGUGAAGUCUGUUUAUGUGAGAAGGAUCAUGUUAAACUCUACACAGGUUUCAUAUUUCACACUGGCUGCCUACUUUGACACUGGACUGUUUAAAUACUUAUGUUUCAUGAUUGUUAUGUUGUUAUAUGUUUUCAUUGUUUGCACCAAUUCAUUUCUCAUUGUGGUUAUCUGCAUGAACAGAAGCUUACAUGAACCUAUGUACAUUUUCCUGUGCAGCCUGUUUGUAAAUGAACUGUAUGGUAGUACAGGGUUGUUUCCAUUCCUGCUGGUUCAGAUCCUCUCUGACGUUCACACUGUUUCUGCUUCAUUUUGCUUUCUACAGAUUUUCUGCUUGUAUUGUUAUGCUUGUGUGGAAUUUCUCAGUUUAGCCGUCUUGUCUUAUGACAGAUAUCUCGCUAUAUGUUAUCCUCUGCAAUAUAACACACGUAUGACACGUAGCAGGAUUACAGUACUAAUUUAUGUGGCAUGGGUUUAUGCUCCUGUUGCAUGUUUUUUACCAAUAUCAAUGAGUGUCCCUCUAAAGCUCUGUGGGAACAUCAUUAACAAAGUGUACUGUGACAACUAUUUCAUUGUUAAACUGGCCUGCUCUGACACAACAGUUAAUAAUGUUUAUGGACUCAUGGCCACUUUUCUCACAAUUGCAUGUCCCGUGUCUCUGAUCUUUUACACAUACAUGAGGAUCCUUAAAGUUUGUUUUUCUGGCUCUAAACAAACCAGACAAAAAGCUGUCAGUACCUGCACACCUCACCUGGCUUCUCUGAUCAACUUUUCUUGUGGUUGUUUCUUUGAAAUAGUGCAGAGCAGGUUUGAUAUGAAACAUGUGCCCAACAUGUUGCGCAUUUUUUUGUCAUUAUACUGGCUUACAUGUCAGCCUCUCCUCAACCCUUUACUGUAUGGUCUGAAUCUGUCAAGUAUCCGUAACAUAUGUAAACAUAUCAUUUUUUGCUUGAACAUGGACCACAAACGAUGCUCAUGA